AAUUUUUCUUUUGUUUAUGAGCUCAAGUUUGAAAUCUGCAAGAAUUUCCGCUUCUGCAAAUGAGUCUGAUCGCAUGGCGUUGCUUGACUUCAAGAAACGGAUUAGUGAAGACCCACUUCAAAUCAUGAGCUCAUGGAAUGACUCCACCCAUUUGUGCAACUGGUUCGGUGUUACAUGCAGCCCCUCCACUAAAAGAGUCAUGGUUCUCAACCUACAAGCUCAAAGAUUGGGUGGCAUCUUAACACCUUCUAUUGGAAAUCUUACUUACCUUAUUGGAAUCUACCUGAGAAACAACAGCUUCUAUGGUGAAAUUCCUCAACAAGUGGGAAGACUACAGCUCCUGCAGCAUCUCGACUUGAGAUGUAAUUUCUUCGGUGGGAACCUUCCAACGACUAAUCUAAGUCACUGUACACAACUUAGAGAGCUUGAUUUGGUUUACCUGAAACUUGCUGGGAACAACCUUACAGGAAGUAUCCCAGCGUGGAUAGGAAACUUUUCUUCUUUGUUUUAUCUUUCCCUUUUCCAGAACAAUCUAAAAGGGAGCAUACCAAGUGAGCUUGGCCGUCUACGCUUGGGAUAUUUGAGCCUUGCUGUGAAUAAUCUGUCUGGUACUAUCUCUCCUCUGAUUUAUAAUAUAUCUUCCAUAUACCAUUUCUCUGUUACAAGAAACCAGUUGCAUGGAAGCCUUCCUCCAGAUGUUGGCCUUACUCUUCCUAACCUUAAAAUAUUUUAUUUCGGUGCUAAUAGUUUCACAGGACAUAUUCCCUUGUCAUUGUCAAAUGCAUCCAGACUUUACAGGCUUGACUUUGGUGGAAAUGGUCUCACAGGGACGGUGCCUCAAAAUCUAGCAAGUUUACGUGGCUUGGUUUUCCUUAAUUUCCAAGACAAUAGACUUGAAAAUGGGAAAGUUGGUGACCUGAAUUUUCUAAGUUUUUUGGCAAAUUGUACCAGUUUGGAGGUCUUAGGUCUUGAUUUUAAUCAAUUCGGUGGAGUAUUGCCCAACUCUAUAGCCAACCUUUCCUCCCAGCUAAGUUGGCUUACUAUGGGUGAAAAUAUGAUACAUGGAGGCAUCCCUAUUGGGAUUGGGAACCUUGUUAACUUGACUGAUUUGGAAUUACAAGGUAACUAUUUGGGUGGUCCUCUCCCCGAUGCACUUGGAAAGCUCCAGCAGUUACAGGUUCUAUAUUUGAACAAUAACAAAUUUUCAGGGUCGAUUCCUUCCUCUUUAGGUAACUUAACUAAAUUGAUAAAGCUCUUCAUGGAUGAGAACAAAUUUGAGGGAAGUAUACCCCCAAGCCUAGGAAACUGCAAAAAUUUGCUUGAACUAAACCUUUCUACUAACAAUCUCAAUGAUACCAUACCAAAACAAGUUAUUGGUCUUUCAUCCCUUUCGAUUUAUUUGGUCAUGUCUCAAAAUUCUUUAACAGGUACACUACCAUUUGAAGUAGGUAACUUAAAAAAUCUUUGGAAGUUAGAUCUCUCAGAUAAUAGAUUAUUUGGUGAAAUUCCUGCUUCCCUUGGUAGUUGUACUAGUUUGGUGAUUUUGCAUUUGGAGGGUAAUUCAUUUGAAGGAACAAUUCCUCCAUCUCUGAAGACACUAAGAGGCUUAGAAGAAAUUGAUCUUUCGCGUAAUAACUUGUCAGGGCAGAUUCCUGAAUUUCUUAGCAAGUUUUUGUCACUUAAGCAUCUCAAUCUUUCUCAUAAUGAUCUCUUUGGGAAAGUGCCAAGUGAAGGGAUUUUUUCGAAUGUAAGUGCAAUCUCAAUAUUUGGAAAUGGCAAGCUAUGCGGUGGUAUCCCAGAAUUACUUUUACCAAAAUGCUAUACAAAGAGUCCACGCUCAUCCGUGAAACACCUUACACUCAAAGUAGUAAUUUUUGUCAUAUUGGUACUUGCUCUAUUGUGUUUUUUCCUCACAUGUUGUAUGGUUAAAAAAUGGAGAAAGAGGCCUUUGGCCACACCUUCCUUGAAGGAUUGCCGAUUGGCAUCUAUAUCUUACGCAAAACUCCAUGCAUCAACUAAUGGUUUCUCUGUGGAUAAUUUGAUCGGUUCUGGUAGUUUUGGUUCUAUAUACAAAGGAGUUCUUUCUAGUAAUGGAGCAAUUGUUGCAGUUAAAGUGUUAAACCUUCAAGAGCGAGGAGCUUCCAAGAGUUUCAUUAAUGAAUGCAAUGCUUUGAGAAGUUUACGUCAUCGUAAUCUCCUUAAGAUUAUCACUGCUUGCUCAAGCAUUGAUCAUCAAGGGAAUGACUUUAAGAGUCUAGUUUUUGAGUUCAUGUCUAAUGGAAGCCUAGACCAAUGGCUGCAUCCUAUAGAGGAUGAGCAACAUCGAUGCAAGAGAUUGAGCUUUAUUCAAAGAUUGAACAUAGCCACAGAUGUUGCUUAUGCAUUGGAAUAUCUUCACCUCCAUUGCCACACGCCAAUUGUUCACUGCGAUGUAAAGCCAAGCAAUGUCCUCCUUAAUGAGGAUAUGGUAGCCCAUGUUGGCGACUUUGGAUUAGCGAAGUUUGUCUUUGAAGCAUCACAUGAUCUCUCCAAAAAUGAAUCCAUGUCAGACUGCUUGUCAAGUGUGCUGAAGGGUUCCGUUGGAUACAUUCCUCCAGAGUAUGGGAUGGGUGGCCAAGUUUCCGUACUUGGAGACAUUUACAGCUAUGGGGUACUCUUGUUGGAGAUGUUCACUGGGAAAAGACCUACCGAUGACAUGUUCAAAGAUGGUUUGAGCAUUCACAAGUUUACUGCAAUGGCUUUGCCAGAACGUGUCAUGGAUAUAGCGGACUCGUCAAUGCUCUUUGAAGAAGAUGAAGAAGUUGCUCAUGAUGAGACAAAUAACGAUGGCAUAGAAGAAAGCGCAAUAAUCAAAGAAGUUGAUCGUUAUUUCAAUGCCGAAAGCAGAAUGGAGGAUUACUUGGUCUCAGUGUUGCAGAUUGGAUUGCUAUGCUCUACAACAUCACCUCAUGAGCGGAUGCCCACAAAUGACGUUGUCUCCAAACUGAGUGCAAUUAGAGACGCAUUUCUUAGAUUCAAGAAUGAGAACAGAAGGAGAAGAGGAAGAAGAAUGAGCUAGGAUCCUUCUAGCUAGACACUAUUGAAGGAUUUGGAGACUUUGGUGCAAGUUUGUGAGGAAUAAUAGCUAAGGUGCCUCUUUAUAUAUGUUAGUAAAUGAAUGGUGGUCUUGUCUUGUGGAUACUUUAGACUUACUAAAAUUGUUGUUUUGGAGACUUUCUAGAGUCCUUUGAAUUUUACAAUUAAUUAGUUGGAAUUGUUAUCGUGGUCUUUUACAUUGUGGAGUUCUU